AUGGAGACGACUUCUCCUUCGGGACGCGCAGAGUGGCUCCAUGGCGUGGAUGGCGAAACCUCUUCGUUUCCGUCAGCCGCAUUUGUCGCCGCAAAUCCCGCUGACGAUGAUUCCACUGGUUUUUCUACUUCAGCUAUCGGCAUCACCGACCUCGAUAUGGACACUCCGUUAACGGAUCCCUUUCUAACGGACUCUCCUCCAGUAGUAGCGCGGGCUCUUCAAGAUGAGAACGAGUCGCUCGUGUCGGUAGUCGAGCAGCAGCAUCAGUCCAUCGCGGCGCUGCGACACCGCGCGACGACGGCGGAGCGCGAGAAGCGGUCUCUUAAAGACGAGGUGGCGCUGCUGCGAGAGGCGCUCGCGGCGCGCGACGAGCAGAUGGAGAGCUUGGCGGCGCGGGAGGAGGAGGCAGAGGAGGAGCGGGAGCUGGUAGAGCAGGAGAGGGCGGAAGACGCGGAGAGUGAGGACGAAGCGCAGGCGGCGGAUGGUAUCUCCGCGCAGUUCGUGGUGGGGAGUAGAACCGGCAACCGCGCGGAAGACAGCAGCGGGAUGGCGCUCCCCGCGGGAACACGAACGCGCCGGAGAGAGGGGACUAUUUGCGGCGGUGGCGGAGGUGACGGCGGCGCCGGCGGUGGGGAGGCGUGGAGAGAGGAGGACGGGGAACAGAAGGAGGUCGUGUGCGGGUACCACGGGUGUGGAGAUGAGAGGGGUUUCCGUAUCCGGGAUGGCGUUGCUUGUCGUGGCGUGAGGGAGAAGGCUUGCGGGACUCAUUGCGGGAAUCCUACUUGCUGGGAGCAGAGUGAAGAACAGAACCUCUGUGCCUCAUCUGCCCUCCUCUCGCCCCGCCGCCACUUUGCUCCGUAUCCUCCAUCUGCUCUCAUGUGCGCUGCUCCAUUCUGCAACACGCCGGGCUCAUCUGCUGCUGCUGCCUCCUACUCCCUUCCCAUUCCAUACCCUGCUGUCGCUGCUACUCUCUCCUCCCCUGCUGGCGCUACUGCUGGGCCUGCUGGUGGUUCUUUGGUUGCAGACCCUGCUGCUGCUGCUGCUGCUGCUGCUGCUUCUUCUGCUGCCGCUGCUUCUGCUGCUGCAGCCGCUGCUUCUUCUUCUGCUGCUGCUGCUGCUGCUGCUGCUGCGACUGCUGUGGAGGAGCUACCAGUAUCAGCCGUUUACUCAAUGCUGCUGCAGCACCAGCAGCUGCUGCAACUCCUGCUCGUCAGAGACACCUUGCUAGCCACCACCACCCCUGCCGCUAACCUCCUCACUCCCUCUUCUGUCACACCUGUUACUGUGACGCCUGUGGGAGGUCUAGGCUUUCGUGGAGGAAUGGAAGGGGGUGCUUUGGCUGGAAGGAGAAGCAACGACAUGUGGGCUGUUCCUCUAUGUUUUGGUGCUGCUGGCGGGGUAGCCGCUGUGUCGUGUCUUUGGGCUCUCCUUCUGGCCCUUGCGGCCAUCGGAUGCUGGGCCAUCUGUGCGUCUGCUCAAUGCGCCAGUCCACUGCAGUCAUGCGACUUCUACUUCUACGGCUAUGACAAGGCCGUUCCCGUCUUGAAGCUCAAGUCUGUGCGAGAUGAGAAGGUGGUCACCACCGGCCUUCGCUGGAAGGGUCAGUCCCUUUUCGUCGAGACAGCCACUACACUCGGAAACUCGACGUGCAAAGUUGUAGGCCAGAAGAAGGUAUUUUGCGACAACUACUUCUUCUUCCGUCCUCGUGGCGGUAAGAAGUCAUACGAGAAGUACAUUAACCGCUCGGACCGUCUGGGCAUCCGUCCCAUUCCUAAGUGGAAGCUGAGGCAGUUGAGCAACCAGUGCAUCCAGAUGGGAGUUGAUUCCGCAAAGAUUAAGAUCCUCAAGGCCAAGACCCAGAACGCGUCUGUGUGGAUCAACCCCAACGACAACAACGCUGAGUUCCCCCAGAAACGGCGUUGCGUGGCUUUCAAGAUUGUCACUGCUUAA